AAUGUAGCAAGACUAGUCAAUCAAAUUGUUGGUGGGGCAACUGUCACUGUAAAAGCAAGCACUCAUUUAUUCAAGGCUCAGUGUGUAAUGGGUGAAGAUUUGAAAGAAUAUGCCAGAAAGCCACGAUGAUCCCAGAUCACAACAGCACAUCUUCCUUGUUUUUUUUCAAUUCCAGCCUCUCCUGGAACAGGGAAUCAGAAGAAUCAGCGGUUCUGGGUGAUAGGCCUAUGGACGGAAGCACCAGCAGCUUGCUAGGAUCAGCCACCUAUUCUCCCGCAGCCUCUCUGGAAUCCAACACCUCUGUCAUAAGUAAUAGUACCACAGACCCUCUUGGGGGUCAUACUGUUUGGCAAGUUAUUUUGAUUGCCUUUUUCACAGGAAUACUCUCCUUGGUGACAAUCAUAGGAAACAUUCUCGUGAUGGUUGCAUUCAAGGUGAACAAACAAUUAAAAACAGUGAACAAUUACUUUCUACUUAGUCUUGCCUUUGCAGAUGUGAUAAUUGGAGUGAUUUCAAUGAACCUGUACACGACAUACAUCAUAAUGGACCGAUGGGCUCUAGGUAAUGUGGUUUGUGACCUCUGGCUCGCUAUUGACUAUGUUGCUAGCAAUGCCUCUGUCAUGAACCUUCUGGUUAUAAGUUUUGACAGAUACUUAUCCAUAACACGGCCACUCACCUAUAGAGCCAAACGAACUCCCAAGAGAGCUGGAAUAAUGAUUGGCCUUGCUUGGAUAGUUUCAUUUAUACUGUGGGCUCCUGCCAUUUUGUUCUGGCAGUAUUUUGUUGGCAAAAGAACAGUGCCACCAAAUCAGUGUUUAAUACAGUUUUUAUCUGAACCAAUAAUUACUUUUGGUACUGCCAUUGCUGCAUUUUACUUGCCAGUCACCAUCAUGACCAUCCUUUACUGGAGGAUCUACAAGGAAACUGAGAAACGCACCAAAGAACUGGCAGCUCUCCAGGCCUCGACUCAUGACAUGGAAACCAUGCACUUUGUCCAUCAAACUGGCAGCACGAGGAGCUGCAGCAGCAAUGAGCUGCAGCGGGAGGGAACGAGAAACAAAAGGAGGCCAGGAAGGUGCCGCUUCUGGCCGACCUCCAAAUCAUGGAAGGCCAACACAGAGGGUGAGCAGGAGCCAAGCAGCAGUGAUAGUUGGAACAACAAUGAUGGCGGUGGUUCCUUGGAUCAUUCAGCUUCAUCUGACGAGGAAGACGUGGUGGCGGAAACCAGGGCCAUUUAUUCCAUCGUGUUAAACCUUCCCGGGAUUAAGGCAGCUGCUGGUCUAUCCAAGUCCACGGAGGUGGAUAACAUGGAUCUCUGCAGUGACGAACUUGGCAAAGUUGAUGCUAAUGAGGAGGGGGGAAAGUUCAGAUCACAGCAGUUAAAAGAGGAGCAGGACAAUAGCUUCCACCAGCAUUUUGCCAAGCUUCCUGCUCAAUCAAUGCCAUCCAUCCAUGCUUCGAAGACUGUGGGAGGAAUUUCCUCUUUAGCAAAGUCAUCCACAUCCAUGCCUUUGUCUUUUAGAGAAACCACAGUUUCAAAAGCAUUUGCCACAAAAUCGAGAACUCAGAUAACAAAGCGUAAGAGAUUGUCACUCGUAAAAGAGAAAAAGGCUGCACAGACACUUAGCGCAAUUUUGCUGGCAUUUAUUAUCACGUGGACACCUUACAACAUAAUGGUGCUGGUAAACACGUUUUGUGACCAAUGCAUUCAUGAAGCACUGUGGCGCCUGGGCUACUGGUUGUGCUAUGUUAACAGCACUGUGAAUCCCAUGUGCUAUGCACUGUGCAACAAAACCUUCAGAAACACUUUCAAAAUGUUAUUGCUGUGUCGGUGGGAAAAGAGAAAAAGGCGAAGGCAGCAGUAUCAACCGAGACAAGCUGUUGUUUUCCAUAAAAGGCUUCCAUGCGAGGCUUCCUGAGGCUGCAUUUACCAGAUUGUGAUUGUUUCUGUUUAGUACCAAUUAACUGCUUUGUUCAAGACCAUACUGGCUAUCAGUGUUGUGAGCACACGGCUGAAGUAUACGCUGCUUUUGUAUUAUGUGUCGGAUGGUGUUUACAUGAUGUAGACAGCAGUACAAGUAUUUAAAGUAGUGCUGAUGUAUUUAAAUUGUAUAAUUUUGUUUUUCUGUUCAUAUGAAGUUCAUGUACGCUUUUGCUUAAUAUUUAUUUGAUAUCAACAAAGCACUUAAGUCCUAAAUGCUAUUAUCUUGGUGCAGCAACUACAGAUACUGGAUUUUGCACCUCAGCCCUUGAAGGUAUUGCUGUACCUCAACUUGCACACAUGGUUCCCCCUUUUUUCUCCCCCUUCUCACCAAAUUACACUUCUAUUCUUUUUAUAGGCUCCUUGCUGCCACACAGUUUAAAACAUUGGAUGGGUUGGAUUGUGUGAUCAGCUCUGACAUGGGAGCUGGAUUCUCCUAAAAGAGUUAAGCCUCGAAAAUGGACCCACUUGCGCAAUGAGCCUGGGGUAGAUUAUGCUGGUGGUUGCUUCUGGUUGAAAUUGUGUAAUUGGGAAAUUGGCACUGAAACUUCAAUACAUGAUGCAUGGUUCACAACACCAGUCCCAUCUUAGCCAGGAUCCAGUGUGUAAAAAAACACCAAAGGUUCAGAUAGAUUUUUUUGGGGAAAUCUGAAUGAGCUUCCAUGCUAUAUGCAACACGCGUUUAGCAUAGUAAAAGAGGAUGAAUUCUGAUUUCUAGGUUGUAUUUCCUUGGCUCCCACAAAGAUGACACUUUCCACUGCCAAACAAUAUUUAACAUGACCUGUAGCCCUCAAUAUUAACCUGACUUUAAGUGAAGUUGGAAUUUUCAGCUCUCUUAGUUGGCGAGGCCCUACCCUCUUUCAUCAGGCUGUUGGGUUACCGGUUGCUUAUAUCUUACCUGUGAUGUGGCAAAUCAAUGUAUGAAAUCCUAUAGCAGAAAAACUUGACAUCGAACACUUUGAACUUUAUGCAGUAUCUGUAUUCUCUGGCAUUUUUAUAAAAAAGGACAGUCAAAGACCAAGAAUUGUGAAAGGUGAUUUUAUACGAUGUAUAUCUAGUUUGUUUUACAUUUACUUUAUGUAUUUCAACCAUAAGAUGUUCUAGGUCUAAAUUAUUGUCACUGCAAAAAAAAAAUGCACUAUGUGCUAUAUAUGUUUCACUCCAUUUUUAACCAACAGUCAUUAAUGUUGUGUGGUCCUGGAUUUAAUAUCAAAGUAAGUAUGAUUUUAGAAAAUGCCGAAAAUAAACUUUUUAGUAUUCAUACUUAGCACCAGGUCCUGAGGAGUAUUGUAAAAAUGAUGACUUACAACAUAAUUCAAUGUCAAUAUGA